AGGCUCCCCGUCCACAGAAGUCAUCAUUACUUCGCCGGGCAAAGAAGACCUGUUGGCGCUCGCGGCCCGCCUCUGGCACAGGAGGAAGCGGCUGGUGGCCGCCGGCGGAGUUGCCCUGGCCAUGGGCCUCAUCCUGCUCAUCGCGGUGCCCAUCUUGGUGCAGGCGCCCGCUAAAGGUCGCGCCCACUACGAGAUGAUGGGCACCUGCCGCAUGAUCUGCGACCCCUACAGCCCCGGCGGCGGCGCCGGGCCCCCCGGCAGCACCGCGGCCCUGGAAGCCUUGCAGGAGUUGAGCGCCAACCCGCCGCCGCCGCCGCCGCCGCCCUUCCUCCAAGGCGCCAAGGGCGAUCCCGGCCGUCCAGGCAAACCGGGCCCCAGGGGCCCUCCAGGAGAGCCGGGCGCGCCGGGGCCGCGGGGGCCGCCGGGGGAGAGGGGCGACUCAGGCAAGCCUGGGCUGCCAGGACUGGCGUUGCCCGGGAUGGGGCCCCCCGGCGCAGCCUCGCCGGCCGGCGGGGGGAGCUCGGGCGAGAGCGGGGGCAGCAGCAGCCCGCCGCCGGGGGGCGAGGUGAGCGGCGCCCUGAGCACAGCCUUCAGCGGCCCCAAGAUCGCUUUCUACGUGGGCCUGAAGAGCCCCCACGAGGGCUACGAGUUGCUCAAGUUCGACGACGUGGUGACCAACCUGGGCAACCACUACAACCCCAUCAGCGGCAAGUUCACCUGCCAGGUGCGCGGCAUCUACUUCUUCACCUACCACAUCCUCAUGCGGGGCGGCGACGGCACCAGCAUGUGGGCGGAUCUCUGCAGGAACGGGCAGGUGCGAGCGAGUGCCAUUGCUCAAGAUGCAGACCAGAAUUACGACUAUGCCAGCAACAGUGUGGUGCUGCACCUGGACUUGGGGGAUGAGGUGUAUGUCAAACUGGAUGGAGGCAAAGCCCACGGAGGCAACAACAAUAAGUACAGCACUUUCUCUGGCUUUCUUUUGUACCCUGACUAGCAAAAGUGAGUGUCCGAGGUGUGAGCUCAUCGCCUUGUCCCCACCAUGCCUUUCCUGGGGUCUGCAGUCUCUUCAGGUCACUUUAAGUUCUACUUAAACAAACUGUACAUGUCAUUGGCAGUGUGAAAGAGAAAGAAGCAGCUUUCCCCCUUUCAGCCAUUGGUGUCUUUCCCCCCCUCUGUCCUAUGGUUUGCCACACUAUGAGAUGAGUAGAAUUGAACGCAUUAAGCAAAUAAUGUGCACCAUUAAUUGAUUCAUUCACUGAUCACUGAUUCAAAAUGGAGAUUUUAAUCUGCAGAA